UAAUUGAUUCUUAAGAUAAAUUAUAGGAAGGAAGGAUCAUAGAAAGUGCGGAGACACCUCAUAAGAAUAAAGAAGGAUAUAAUAACUGUAUGAUUCUUGUCACACAGUCGUUUUUUGAAGUCUAUAGCUCCUGUAUACAACCCUUUAUACUAUCAGAGCCAAAAACCAUCUCCAAAAUCGUCCAUACCUCCCUUCCCACCCAAGGCCUACUAAAAAUCUAG